AACCCGCGGAGGGAGCAGAGGUGGCACGGCGCGCGGACGCUGGCGUUGACGCAGCGGAAGGAGGCUGUGGUGGCCUUGGCCGUGGCCUUGGCCUUAGGGCGAUGCGGAUGGAGUCACCCAGGGUCUGUUAAAGGCGCCGCAGAGAGCCCGUGGAGAACCCGGGAAGCCCGCCACUGCCUCCGGGUCACUAAGACAACCCAGCUUGCGCAGGGAGAUGGCGGUGAAUGAUUGCUUCAGUCUGACCUGUCCUCACAACCCCCACCCAGGAGACUUGAUUGAAGUGUUCCGUCCUUGCUAUCAGCACUGGGCACUGUACUUGGGUGAUGGCUACGUUAUCAACAUUGUACCUACAGAUGGCAUUCGCUCAUCACUUACAAGUGCCAAAUCUGUGUUCAGCACAAAGGCCUUGGUGAAAAUGCAGCUUUUGAAGGACGUUGUGGGAAAUGACGCAUACAGAAUAAAUAACAAGUACGACGCAACGCACCCUCCUCUCCCUGUGGAGGAAGUGAUACAACGGUCAGAGUUCGCUAUUGGGCAGGAAGUAGCCUAUGAUUUACUGGUCAACAACUGUGAGCAUUUUGUGACCUUGCUCCGCUAUGGAGAAGGAGUAUCAGAGCAGGCCAACCGAGCAAUCGGCACCAUCGGAUUGGUGGCAGCUGGUAUUGAUAUCUUUGCAUUCCUCGGCUUGUUUCCCAAAAGACAAAGAACAAAAUAUUAGCAGUUUAUUGAAGAGAUUGGAAUGAAGAAAUUUGUGAGGAGAAAAAAAUCCUAGGGUGAAUGCUUAUUUUGAAUGCAUCAUUAUUGCUCGUGAUCCCCAUGAUGGAUGGCAGACUCUGUAAUAAAUUGCUUGCUGAUUUUAAUCUUAUCAUUGAGCCAAGAAAAGUUUUUCCCUACUAGUAGAGAUUUGCCGUGGCAGCUUGAACAAAAUGCAAUUGCGUUUUGAUGGAGCCAGCUGAAGAUCUUAACAAAACCAAGCCCACAUUUUAUCUUCUGCUGUAAAUACUGUUUUCGUUCUCCCUGAGGACAGCUGUUUUGCCAGAGGUGUGGAGAACCAUUUACAUAUGCUGCCGAGAGACAGUUGUUAGGGCCAACAUCUAAAUUCUUAUUCAUUUCCUUGUCAGAAAAAGGAAUAUGAACAUAUCCAGUAUUUUAGAUACAUGGGUAUAUGUCCAUUAUAUAUCCAAAUACUUAAACAUCUCUGAAUGAUGAAGCAUUUGAGGUAAUAACCCCAUAUUGCUGCACAUGUGUAGGUAGAACAUGUAAGAAGAGUGUGUGUGUGGGUGGGGGGGCUUUGUGUGUGCAUAUGUAUGGAAUUCUUAUGAAUGGUGUGCAUGUGGAAGGACAGUCUCGGGUGUCAGUCUUUGGUCUCCACCUUUUUUAACAUUUUAUUAUUUUUUUUUAAUUUUUGGAGACAGGGUAUGUUGUCCUUCACAGCUUAUGGCAAACUAGCUAGCCUGUGAGCAUCCAGAGAGUCUCCUAUCUCUGCCUCCAUUUCAUAGUAGGAGCUCUGGAAUUACAGAUGUGAACUAACACCCCAAGCUUCCUGUUGACUCUGGGGAUCUGAGCUCAAGACCUCAUGCUUGUGUAUAAGAUGCUUUACCCAUUAAGCCCCUCUCUGAUCUCCCUUUCUCUUGUACUUUCGGACCCAGGGAGCUCAAGGAUCAGUGAUGAACAAUGGGCUGCAGUUUUAUUGAUUUAAAUGGAUCCCUCCACAUUGUAUAGCAGCUCAGUGGUUUGACCUUUGGGCCUUGGCAAGCAACCAUUAGUAUUGAUGCAGAGUGCUAUAUUUAUAACACAAAAUUCUUCAUCCCUUUAAAGAUGUGAACUGUAAGUCAAAGAAUCCCAUUAUUUUAUUCUCUUUUUUUAACUGAUUAUGCAUUGAAUUAAGCUACUUUUUAAUGCCAUUCCUACAGAAUUCUUGGUAGCAGGUCAGGAAAGGGGGAAUGUAAGUCUUUCUACAUGAAGAUGGUGCAAAGGCAUCAUAGCAUUACCCCAUAAACCACACAGCUAGCCCAGCAUCCUUUUGUGCCAUUAUCAAAAGCAUGUCAGUCAAUAAAGAAAACAUGUCAGUGAACAUAGGGAUAGAAAGUGAUAGAGUACAGUAAAGUCAAGUACACGAAGCUCAGUAGAAACUCACACCUUGACACACUCACACUGAUGAGGAUGAGCAACAGCAGUGUUAACAGAUGUGCUGCCACUCCGGCCCAGACAGAGCCCCUCUGUCCCUGCUUUACUUUUCUAACAGCUCCUUCUUGUUUGAACCCCAAACUCAUUAUUCAGUGCUUGAUCUUCUCAGAAGGCACAAGGUUACUUUUAUCCUGGAUGCAGGUCUCUGUUCCCAAAUAGUAAGGAAUAUGCAGUUUUCUAGAAGUUUCCUAUUAUGGUAAAGGCAGCUGCAGCCACUGGGCUGCUCUCCCCUGGUGUGCCGCCUUUUCCAUGAAAUGUGUUUGUCUCUGGCAGAAUUGCACUGCCAGCCAGGAAAGGUAGUAGGACUGAGAACCAAACGUCGCUUGGGGCUUCAAGUCAAACCUUUCUAGAGAACUCUGGCAUCUCCAAUCCAGAAGAAAAGCAAAAUGAAAAUGUCAGAAAUACAUUUUUUUAAGCCAUGGGUUUAUUUCCAUAUCAGUUGUGUGAGGCUUCAGCAGCCUUGGUUUGCCAUAAACAUGGCCAACCUUAGGAUGGGCAGCUCAAAAUAGCUGGGGUAGUUUUCCUGCAGGUACUCAAUACUCAAACAUUCAAUGCAACUUGUACUUGGAUCAGCUAUUUUCCCAACACAAUGAACGAUAGUCUGGGUGUAUUUUCAGCAGUCAGGAAUGGAGUCCACUUCUAUCAGGUUUCAAAAAAAAAUGGAAUGCAAAGAUCAUCUGCACCAGGUGAUAGGUUUUUGGCAAUACUAGGAAGGAAAUGUCUGCAUUUUAUUGAAUAUAUACACAUAACAAAUAAAAUAUGCUAUCUAAAUGU